CAGUCGACAGUGCACAAUGCCCCAUGAUGAUGCCGUUCCAAUCGGUGAAGGUUGGGCCCGGCACAAUGCGGAGAUGUUGGUGCACCCGCCCUCGCAGGUGUAUUUUGCCCAACGAGGAGACCAGCGGGGAAAGUACCUCUUGAAGUCUGAAGACGGCAAUUGGGUAGUUUGUCCCGCACCUCAUGUAGGUGCAGAUUGUCCCAUCGAGGUGAAAGCUGCAGCCGCAUCCAUGCUGAGACCAACUGACGGCAAAAUGUCCUCGGAGAAGUUGGAUCGCUCGGUGGUGCUGGCGGACAUGCCCAAAACGGCACGCCUCGCAUUGAAGUUCCCGCUUGGCUUCCUGGACACACCGGCCUGCUGCUACGCGCUCUUCACGGGCCUCCGAAGGAGCGCAGGAGCAGCGCACUGGUGUGCCUCGCAGUUUCAUCAGCGGCUUCUGCGAGAGGUGGCGAAGAAGAUCCAUGGCUGGUGGGAUUCAGAGGCAGAGAUGCCAGAGGAGCUUAUGUACCGGGGCUCCCAUGUGGGCUCUUUGAGCAAAGUUCUGAAAGAGCUCCUGGAGGCCUUGGACCGCGACCUCAUCCAGGGCCCACAUGGCCUGGGCGGCUGUGAUGGAGUUGUGGCCAUCUUGGUGGGUGAGAACCUGGUCACCGCAGCAGUUGGACAGGCCUCAGCCACGCUGCUCUUCCAGGGCGCGGAAGCGCUGCCGCUGGUGCCGCUGCUAGGGCAAGAGGAAGAAGAGAGUGAGGACACUAAGACCACUUCGGCAGAGCUUCUGGAGCACGAAGGAAGUAAUUCCGAAGUGUGGCUAGGCGGCGAUUUCGCAGCUGCGGCUGGGCCAAGCAUCUGAAAAAGGAGCGCUCCUUGACACUGGUGGACUUCGAAGAGCGAAGUGCGCAUGGGAUGCCAGCGAGGCGACCGAUGUCGAUGAGGACCCAGUGAGUAGGAUGCUCCGCGCACCUGAUGCAUUUUCAGUGUUGGGUAUCAGCGAGAAAGGGCCAGAAGGAACAGCUGAGGUCAAGACGGCGUACAAGCGGCUUGCGCUUCGGGUCCACCCAGACAAGGUGCGAAAUUGUGACCCAGACGACGCCAAAGCAGCCUUCGCACGACUGGAUGCAGCUGCAAGGAUAGUCGAGGCCCUUUGUGAGCACAACGCCGAUAUUUGCCGCGAGCUGCGGCGAGUGCUCCGAUUCGACCCCUUCACAGUCAAAGGCGCUUGCCAACUACUGCAGGUGGAGCAAGACGCUGACGACUCGCAGGUGAGCAAGGCCAAAGAUGACCUGAAGCAGAAGUUGGCAAAGGCCCAGCUUUUGGAAGCCUUGUCCGAGGUUCAGCGAGGAAUCGAUGCCUGCAUUACAGCUGCGGAGACUCUUGGGAUCGCACGCCAGGGUGCACCUGGCGCAGUAGGGGAGCGCCUUCUCGCAGAAGGAGUGCCCGUGGCCAGCCUGACUGCCCUUGGCCUCAGAGACCUGCGGCACAUUGGUGGCCGGCUGCAGGUACGAACAGCUGCCUAUAGGGCAGGGGAGGAGGUGCGGGUGGCGCUGUGCAGCGGCGCCACUGCUGAGCUCCCGCUCCAGCACCUGGAGGAGCCCGCGAAUCUUUGCCUUUGGCAGCCCAAAGCAGCUGCACUGCAGUGGGCCAGCCAGGCUCUGACGCUGCCUGGACGGCAAGACUCCUCCGCUGCCAGCAUUUGCAUUUGCAUUCGCGAGCGGGAAGACGACGAGGUGGAGGAGGAGAGAGCGCCUAAAAGGCAACGCGGUGUGAGUGGCCCUAGGUCUGUACGCCUACGCCAUCUGCUUUUGCGCUGUGCGGAGCCGGGUAAGCCUCUGCCCGAGGAUCCCAUGGCACGGCGGCGGAAGGUGCAAACCACUCGCACGCCCACAGAAGCUGAGGGUGAGCUGGUCGCCUUGCUACGCGGCCUUCUCUCGGAGCCUGAGACUGGUGAUGAGGAUAACAGGAUGGCCUUCCGGCGACUCUGCCAACUCCGCUCGGAGUGCUCCUCUGCAGAGGGCGCCGGGCAGCUCUGUGGCGACUUGGGCUGGGUGUCGCGAGGUCAAUCUGAGCCGUCCUUUGAGCAAGCUGCGUUUUCCCUGCGCAAAGGCGAGUUCAGUGAUGUAACAACUACAUCGCGCGGCGUGCAUCUGAUUCAGCGGAUAGCUUGACAGAGCAUC